UGAUGAUGUGCGAACCAAUUAGAUAGGUUAGGUGUUGAGAGAAAAAUACACGGAAUGGCCGCGAAUUGCUGUUAAACCGGGAAAUACGAAGCUUCGCGCUCUAUUUGUUAUUACGUACGAACCUACGCUCUGUUUAAAUUUUUUCGAACAGACGCGAUUACGAAAGACGUGAAAGUAAGUAGAUUGGUUUUUUUCGUGGUUCGGCGAGUGAAAAGGAACGGGUAUUAUACGGAUGUUGUUCGAUAAUUUUUAUUGAAUAAACAAUGACUGUCAAUUAUUCAAGCGAUCUGUUGAGAAAUGUUCAUCAGAAUGUUCUUCUACCGGAAAUUGGCCAAAGUUUCUUGGUUAAAGGAGAUUACGAAUAUUGGCAUUAUUGUUGCGAUGGUUUUAACGAUAAGGGUUGGGGUUGUGGAUAUAGGACAUUGCAAACAAUAUGUUCGUGGAUUAUCGAGAACGGGAACUUGGGACAAUCCGUUCCAAGUAUCAGACGUAUACAGGAAGUGCUCGUCACGCUGAAUGACAAGGAACAACCAUUUAUUGGAUCGAGGGAAUGGAUAGGUAGUUUUGAAGUAUGCCUCGUGUUGAAUCAUUUGUACGACAUUCUUAGUAAAAUUGUGCAUGUUCCAAAUGGUAAAGCAUUGCGGGACCAUAUUCCUACUAUCAAGAAACAUUUUGAGGAAUUUGGUAGUCCGAUCAUGAUGGGCGGAGACAAGGAUUGUUCCAGUAAAUGCGUUUUAGGAGUCCAUGAAGGGUCCAACAAUACAUAUUUUUUAAUCUUGGAUCCACAUUUUAUCGGCAGAGCACGAACGACCGAGCAAUUGAAAAAUUAUCAUUGGAUAAAAUGGCAAAAUUUGAAUAAUUUUAUCGACAGUUCUUUUUACAAUCUAUGUUUGCCUCAAGUUAAAUUUAUAAAUAGAAAUAAUAAAUAAUCUUCAAGCAUAUUA